UUCCGUAGAUUUCAGGUCACAUGGUUUUGUUUACUUCGCGGAGGCGCGCGUGUUCUCAGAGCCAGUACUUCUACACCUGUUUUUUUCCAGAUACGUGUAUAGAAAUACUUUUACUAUAUAUACGCGUGGUUAUACAGGUUUACUGUAUCGUGAUGCUAACGUUGAGUUUAGCUUUAAUCUUUCCGGCAGCGAACAGUAGCUAAGCUAGCUGUUAGCGCCCGAGCUAGCCUUCGUGCUGUCAGGAGAAGUUAGCUUCAUGUUUCCACGUCUCUCUGUGGUUUUUACUGGAUAAACCCUCGUGUUAGCGAUGAGAUCUUUAAACUAUGUGCAGAGGGUCAGUCUGGACUUCACCGGGACUCUGUUUCCUCACGCCAUCUGUCUGGGGGACGCGGACAACGACUCGCUGAACGAGCUGGUUGUGGGAGACACCAGUGGGAAGCUGCUUGUGUACAAGAACGAUGACUGCAAACCCUGGAUCACCCGGAGCUGUGUGGGAAUGCUGACGUGUGUUGCGGUCGGAGACGUCUGCAACAAAGGGAAGAACCUGGUGGUGGCUGUGGGUGCGGAGGGCUGGUUUCACCUCUUCGACCUGACCGUCGCCGCUGCAAACAAAUCUGAUUCGUCGAGCCAGCACGAGUCGCUGUGCUCUGACGACCAGCGGCCGUUCUUCACCCAACACAUUCCUGCCAACACCAAAGUCAUCCUCAUCAGGGACAUCGAUGGGGACGGACGCUGUGAGCUGGUGGUGGGCUACACAGACCGGGUGGUGCGAGCUUUCCGUUGGGAGGAGCCAUCUGACGGAUCAGACCUGGGGUCGGGUCAGCUGGUUAUGCUGAAGAAAUGGCUUCUGGAGGGGCAGGUGGACAGUCUGUCGGUGAAUCCAGGUCCGGAGGGUUUACCGGAGCUGAUGGUGUCUCAGCCCGGCUGCGGCUACGCUAUCCUGCUGUGCUCCUGGACACAACAAGACUCCUCCUCUGGAGAUGACGCUUCUGCCACCCCUGGGAGCGAGGGGCCUUCCAGAGAUAUAGUUCUACAUCUGACCACCGGGCGGACACACAACAAGAACGUUUCCACUCAUCUCAUUGGCAGCAUUAGCAAAGGUUCAAAAGAGGAAUCUUCUAAAUGUGGACUCUUCGCUCUCUGCACUUUAGACGGAACCCUGAAAUUGAUGGACAGCUCGGAGCAGCUGCUGUGGUCAGUGCAGGUGGAUCAUCAGCUCUUCGCUCUGCAGAAGCUCGACGUCACGGGCGACGGCAGAGAGGAGGUGGUGGCGUGUGCCUGGGACGGUCAAACCUACAUCAUCGACCACAAUCGCUCAGUGGUCCGGUUCCAGUUCGAUGAGAACGUCAACGCCUUCUGUGCUGGUCAGUACACGUGCAAGGAAGGUAAAAACAGCCCCUGCCUUGUGUAUGUGAGCUUCAAUAACAAGAUCUACAUCUACUGGAAGGUGGAGCUGGAGCGUAUGGAGUCCACCAACCUGCUGCGGGUCCUGGAGGAGAAACCUGAGUUUAAAAACCACAUGAAGGUGCUGGGAGUCGAUGCUGAGGACCCGGCAGCGGUGAGAGCACUGGUGGCCAAUAUUCUCUAUAAGGAUUCACAGACGUAGCACAGUGACACAUCUGCACGCUGCUGUCUCUGUAAAUACUGACUCAAUAAACACUGACCGUCUGUCUCCA